AGGGAGUGGGGACCCGGAUGCUGAUGCGAAUGAGGCGAAGGAAGACGAGAGAAAAGAUCGAUUUACGGCAAGAAAAGCGAAGGACUGUAAAACGGGGAGGCCCUCUCACGCAAUGUGUGCAAUGCUAUGAAAACGUGUCGAUCUAGUAUGGUGUGAAUACAUAUGCAGAUAUUUAUUUUUCACUAGCAAAUCGUUGAAUUAAUGAUAUUGGAACCGGCGAGGGAGGACACGCCAAAAGGAGAGAGAGAAGAUGCUGUGAUACGCUUAGCCUACUGGCAGGGCUAGAGCGAGAGGGAGGGGGAGGGUGAUACGGUAAAGAUGGUUGUUUUGCAAGGGACGCAUCUUUCCUCUAAAAAAAUCGCAACAAUGUGGCUGUUGGAUGAAACAUAUCAUUUCGCGUUACAAAGAAACUUCAAAAUGAUCCGAUUUUGACAGACGCUUAAAGACGUGGAUAAACGUUAGGCUAGGCUAACCACAGUGUAUGGACGCACUUGUGUGGCUAAUAACUCGAAGAUAACAUGCUGCUCCACCUGUGAUAUAGGCCUGACACAGUGAAUACCAUUUACAUCUGUCUGCAUUGAACUAUAAGGACGUUUUAUGUUGCAAUACGUUGUUUGAAUGAAUUGAUGUAGCAUCCCAAUGAUAGUAACCUGUUUAUGAUCAGGUUGCAGAUAGAAAAGGAAUGGUGCAGUCAAAACUAAUGUUGAUAAAUAUCUAUUGAUGGUUGGUGCUGCCAAACAGAUAGAUAUUGGUACUGAUCUCUGUUGAUUGACCAAUGUAUCAAAAGCAAAGCUGUUUCAAAUCUGAAAACUGACAUAUAGGCCUACCAUGUUAUCAAUCUUGUCAUACUUGUUAUCAUGAUAGUUGUCGCUAUUUUGAGUUUAGGCUAGUGCAUAACAUGAUAUGUGUGUCAUAGCAAUCCAUUUACUCAGCUGUUGCCUACCUGGGAUAGUUUCAGUUUCAGGAUAAUACUUGUCUAUAUCAAAUGAAAGCAAAAUACAUGAGUCCAGAACCACCUAUCCAGAAAGAAGUAAAACCACAAUUCUGAAUUAAGGACUUGUCCGGUCUUUAGCUCUGAAUAUAGACCUACAACUCCAGUCUAUCUCAAAGCAGCGUUGCAAUAUUUUUCCUAACCAUUACCAUUGUUAUCCAGGCUUCCUUUUUUCAUCCGGGGGCGAUAAUUCAUGAACUCCACCUAACUGUAGAGCUAGUUGUCACCAUUAGCCGUUAUUAAGUCGUAGCCAAUAGUUAGAGCAGUAUGAGUAAGGAACUGUCACUAAGUCAGUCAGCUCAAUAUGUUGGGCCAUAUCGACUGGAAAAAACACUGGGGAAGGGCCAGACAGGCCUGGUGAAGCUUGGAGUUCACUGCAUUACAGGACAGAAGAUAGCCAUCAAAAUAGUCAACAGGGAGAAACUGUCCGAGUCAGUUCUGAUGAAGGUGGAGAGGGAGAUUGCCAUCCUGAAGCUAAUUGAGCAUCCGCAUGUGUUGAAGCUGCAUGACGUUUACGAGAAUAACAAAUACCUGUACCUGGUGUUAGAGCAUGUGUCAGGUGGGGAGUUAUUUGACUACCUGGUGAAGAAGGGCAGGCUGACACCUAAAGAGGCCAGGAAGUUCUUCCGACAAAUCAUAUCGGCCCUGGACUUCUGUCACAGUCACUCUAUCUGUCACAGGGACCUGAAGCCGGAGAACCUGCUCCUGGAUGAGAAGAACAACAUCCGCAUCGCAGACUUCGGCAUGGCCUCCCUACAGGUGGGGGACAGCCUGCUGGAGACCAGCUGUGGAUCCCCACACUAUGCCUGUCCAGAAGUGAUCCGGGGAGAGAAGUAUGAUGGUCGCAGGGCAGAUGUGUGGAGCUGCGGAGUCAUCCUCUUUGCUCUGCUGGUGGGUGCCCUACCAUUUGACCAUGACAACCUGCGUCAGCUCCUUGAGAAGGUGAAGAGCGGGGUGUUCCACAUGCCCCACUUCAUCCCCCCGGACUGCCAGGCCCUGCUCAAAGGCAUGAUUGAGGUCGACCCCGACAAGAGGCUCACGCUAGAGGCCAUCCAGAAGCACACCUGGUAUCAGUCGGGUCGUAAUGAGCCUUGUCCUGAGCAGCCCGCUCCCAGGCGGGUGUGUGUGGGGCGCAUCCUGUCGCUGACCGAGUUGGACCCGGACGUGCUGGACAGCAUGCACUCUUUGGGCUGCUUCAGAGACCGCGGGAAACUCACCCGCGACCUGCAGUGUGAAGAAGACAACCAGGAGAAGAUGAUCUAUUAUCUCCUGUUGGACAGGAAAGAGCGUUACCCCAGUUACGAGGAUGAGGAUCUGCCGCCCCGAAAUGACGUAGCGGACCCCCCUCGUAAGCGCGUGGACUCUCCCAUGCUGACGCGUCAUGGCCGCUGCCGCCCGGAGAGGAAGAGCCUAGAGGUGUUGAGUGUGACCGAACAGGGGUCUCCCACCCCGACCCGCAGGGCCCUGGACACGGCCGCACACAGCCAGAGGUCUCGGUCAGUCAGUGGGGCAUCCACCGGCCUCUCCUCCAGCCCUCUCAGCAGUCCCAGGGUCACCCCCCAGGGCUCUCCGCUGCCCACCCCCAUGGGCACCCCCGUCCACCACCCCCACCACCCCUCCUCCUCCACCCCUCCCUCCAACUCCUCCUCGUCCUCCUCCUCACGGGCGGAGGGAGGCGGAGGGGUGGGCUCCCUGUCCCUGACUCCACCCUCCAGCCCCGGGGGGAGUGGCGGCAUGGCGGCUAGCAGCUCGGCCCACUGGAGGACCCGUCUUAACUCGUUCAAGAACAACUUGCUGGGCUCACCCCGCUUCCACCGCCGCAAGAUGCAAGUACCCACAUUAGAGGACAUGUCCAGCCUGACCCCAGAGUCCAGCCCUGAGCUGGCUAAGAAGUCGUGGUUUGGGAACUUCAUCAGCCUGGAGAAGGAGGAGCAGAUCUUCGUGGUGAUCAGAGACAAGCCGCUGAGCUCUGUCAAGGCAGACAUCGUCCACGCCUUCCUCUCUAUCCCCUCCCUCAGCCACAGCGUCAUCUCCCAGACCAGCUUCAGGGCCGAGUAUAAGACCUCCGGCGGCCCCUCCGUCUUCCAGAAGCCUGUGAAGUUCCAGGUGGACAUUGCCUUCUCCGAGGGAGAGAGAGAGCGGGAGAGGGAGAAAGCCGAGCGGGAGGGCAAGAGAGAGGCGGGCAUCUACAGCGUGACAUUCAGCCUCAUAUCAGGUCCUAGUCGCAGGUUCAAACGAGUGGUGGAGACCAUACAGGCCCAGCUUCUCAGCUCCCACGAUCAGCCCAUGGGGGUCUCUGACCCCUUCCCAGACGAGAAGAACAGUCGGCCCCACGGUACCCCCACCCGCCAGAACUCCCGGCGCUCCGAGGGCGGGGGCGACCGGUGCGAGUGGGGCGAGCGAGGGGACGGAGGAGGCAUCGGAGGCGGCAUCGGAGGCAGUGGGGGGGUCCUGCAACGCCGAGGCUCCGGGAAGGAGAGGACCCGACUACUGUCCUCCAAUGGAACACAGUCCCAACCCUGAGAGAGAGAGAGAAGAGAGAGAGAGAGAGAGAGAGAGAGAGAGAGAGAGCAAAAGACAGUGAGAGAGAGCGAGAAAGAGGGAGCAAAACAACAGAGAGAGAGAGAGAGAGAGAGAGAGAGAGAGAGAGAGAGCAAAAGACAGAGCGAGAGAGAGAGAAACCAAUCGGGUAGCAGGUGUCCAAACUCCAUUGGUGAAAAAAAUAAGACAUUGUUAUCAGACAAAACCCAAACCCUUCACAAACCAUGAGAUACACAGUACCUCCCAUUCCACCCCCAGAAGAUGUCUCAACCAGAUGCUUUUAGCCUGAACACAAGCUGAUAUUUUUUUCUGCUUUUCACCUGUGUUAAAAUAUACAUUCAUGUUGAUUCACUGAAUCAAGCAGGGAUCCCAUUCAAACCAGUAAUAAAACAAAAACAUUUUUCCAAAGGGGAUACAAUAGAUGAGCCGGACACAGCACAGGUCAAUCUAGGAACUUUGAAGAAGCGCUAAUUUGCAUGCCAAUUAGCCAGUCAUUACGAUAAAGGAUGUUUGAUUUCGAUUAUAAGAUCUGCUAGCAUACCAUUCCUUUGCAAUAACUCAAGCAAAAAGUUAAGAACGGUUUAAACAAUCCUGGGAUGGUACUCAAAAAUACACAACCCCCCCCCCCUUCCCGUACCUCUACCCCUCAGCAGCGUAACUGAAAAGGAUACCCGAUGAGUACCUUGAUGUGCCCAACAUUGUACGUACAUUUACUCAAAAGACAAUGAAAGAUGAUGGAGACAAGUAGAACCCUCUUGCUUAUUAUCACAGACCACCCAUUCCAGAAGUUAGAACCGGCUGCCAGUUCAAUGAAUGACUUGGGCGACAACACCUUAAGAUCCUGUUUUAAAAGGGAGAAAUUAGGUCCUUAAAAAAAAAAGAAGGCAUUUCAACAUUGUCUUCUUUUGCGGUAAAGAAAUGAAAAUUAAGCUAACUAAGUGAAUGUGAAAAAUAUUUUUUUAUUUAGGUUUAGUUAAGAUGAUGUAGUUAUUGAUUUUGAGGUUGGCGCUAUCAGCGGAGAUAUAGGAGAGGAACUACAACAGGAAGAUUUGACAUCCUCGACAUAUCUCCUCCAGUAUCUGAAUGUGGAACCCGAGCCGAUGGGAAUUUGAGCGGAAGUCAGAACGAAGUCACCAUUGAUGUAUUUGGAAUUUUUUUUGUAUUUUAUUUUUACUCAGAGACAAAUACAAUGUAACCAAGAUGUAUGCGUCGUCGGAAACCUUUGCUCUGAAGAAAAGUAUUUUUGAUUUGAAGAGAAAUAUGAAAAUAUAUUGAGAAAAAAAACAUGGGCAAAUAGUUACAUGGAUUGGACUUCCACUGUCUGUCCCUGACUCAAUGAGGAGAGAAUUCCAGACCUAUGGAUUAGACAAACUCCAUCUGAGCUUGUCUCAUAUCACCACACUAUUCACAUAUUGACUCCAAACAUAAAUUUCAACACUCAUUGAUCGAUGGACAUUCUCAUGAAGCUGUACUCAAAAUGCUGACGUAUUACUCCUUGUUAUCGAAGACUUAAAAAAGGCUAACAAAUGAUAGCCCUUCUGCCAUCACCAAUGAGCCAAGUGAUCCAUCCUCUGCACCCGCGUCACCUUAUAUCACCGCUCUACAAGCAAACGUAGCUGUUUUGACGAUCAUGUAUUACAACAGUAUUAUGUGAUAGAAACUAGACACAUUACCAGCCAGUCUUCCUUACUGCACAAUAUGCAACAGAUGCAGAAUGUUUUGAGAUUUUCCAUUUCCUUGUUUAUGUAUUUACGUAUUUAUUUACUUAUUUAUUUACUGUUAUGUAUUUAUUGAUAUAUAAUUUAUUUAUGUGGGAAAUGUAUCUUGCACCAACAGAAAUAUAUCAGGAGCUAGGGAUAUAAUGUUUUUCUUGUCAAGAUAAUUUUUUCUUUGAUUUCUUUAUCUUUCCCAUGACACCAUUUUUUGGGGGGGGGAUCAUGAACUUACAACAUUUACAUUCCUUCCCAGCAUUCUGUCUAAAUGUUAGUGUUUUAGUUUCUAUUGUAUGAAUUAGUUUAUAUAUUUUACGUUCUGUUCAGGGUCGUAUUCACUAGGAAUGAAAUGGAAGCAAACGGACCGAAACAGGGAGGGACUACCUGAUGUUGUCCAAUGAGAUACACUGUUUUUUUUGUUUGCAAAGUGUUUCGCUACGGUGUGCACUAAUGAAUACGACCCAGUUCUGAUUAUGGGAUUGUAAGAGUUGAGUCAAUGACUGAGUCGGGGGUUUACAUUUCAGAUCUGUUGCACCACCUGUGACCAGGUUACAGGCAAAGAGAUGCGAGGGACUCUUUAAACAUUCUGUAUAAAGUGACUGAGCCAGCAAUGAGCACAUUGCUCUAGCAAGCUCAACUGUCCACAUUCAUUGACAGACACGAGCACGCCACCAUCAUACACCUUUCCUCGACAACAUCAAACGCUCACACUGCUCCCAUGUCUUUCUUUAUGCUUUUCCCCUUGACCUGAUGCGUCUGUCAUCACCGGGUACAGCCAUCGUUGUGCGGAUCGCUUGACUUCGAGAGAGACCACGCUGUACAAGUCGGGGGCGUCACUGUCGCUAUUCACCUUUAUGAUUGUUCACUGUCAUUUUCAUCAUCUCCAUCAUCAUCAUCAUCACCAAGAUCAUUAUAUUCAUCAUCCUUACUCUAGCUAAGAUUGUAAACUAUUGUCCAUUGCUAAGGGUCAGUAGAAUAAGGUGUUAAAAAAAAGAAAUGUCUGUAUCAUAAUUUAAAUAUAAAAGUGCACUAUUAUAACUAUUGCCUGUGAUAAAAAAAUGAAACAAUUAUGGUUGAAUUGAUGGUCAAAAUAAAGAGACAUCCACCUUAUUGUUAUGAUUAUAAUAAUAAACUCUAAAAUAGUG